CCGGACGCGGCUGUCGGCGAGGACACACGUGUGGUUGAAAGUCUGGUUUUUAUUCAGUGUCUCGAGUACGCGCACUGCUAAACCGCUGACAUGCCGGUGAAUAUCGCUUCCGUUCUGGUCGCGGACGCAGUCCACGAAAGCUGCGACCAAAUCCUGCGCGAGUACGGCAUCUCCGUGACGCGAAGGCUACGCAUGACACCUGAGGAGCUGUUGGAAGAAGUCAAGAGGCACGACGCGCUGGUGGUGCGCUCCGAGUCGAAGGUGACGGCGGAGGUGGUGGCUGCGGGGGCGGGCGCGUCGCUGCGCGCCGUCGCCAGGGCCGGCACUGGCGUCGACAACAUCGACGUCGACGCCGCCACCCGCCGCGGCGUCAUCGUCCUCAACACUCCCGGCGGCAACUCCGUGAGCGCCUGCGAACUCACCUGCUCUCUCAUCACCGUCCUCGCCAGGAACGUGCCGGCGGCGUGCCAGUCGCUGAAGGAGGGCCGCUGGGAGCGCAGCAAGCUGGCCGGCUCGGAGCUGAGCGGCAAGACGCUGGCCGUGCUGGGGCUGGGCCGCAUCGGCAGGGAGGUGGCGGCGCGCAUGCGCGCCUUCGGCAUGACGACAAUUGGCUUUGACCCUCUGGUGAGCGCUGAGGCGGCCCAGCAGUUCGGCGUGGAGAAGCUGGAGCUGGAAGAGAUCUGGCCGCGCGCUGACUACAUCACCGUGCACACACCGCUCAUCCCGCAGACCAGAAAUCUGAUUAAUGAUGAAGUGCUCAGCAAAUGCAAACGUGGUGUCCGCAUCGUCAAUGUCGCAAGAGGAGGGAUCAUCGAUGAGAAGGCACUGCUGGUGGCUCUAAAUGACGGCCGCUGCGGUGGCGCUGCACUGGACGUGCUGACGGAGGAGCCGCCGCGCUCCGAUUGGCUGCUGGAGCUGGUGCGUCACCCGCAGGUGGUGGCCACGCCCCACCUGGGCGCCAGCACCGCCGAGGCACAGCGGCGGGUCGCCAGGGAGGCCGCCGAGCAGCUGGUGGCGCUCUCCGCCACCGUGCCCGCCGCACAGAGGGCCAGGUUCCAGCUGACAGGUGUCGUGAACGCACCCGCGCUGUCUGCAUCACUGGACGAGGGGAACCAGCCCUGGCUCCAGCUGGCAAAGGAGCUGGGCUCACUGGCCGCCCGUCUGGUCCAGGGUUCGCUGCCCGGGACGGCCAUCAACGUCACAGCCUCUGGCCCUGGUAGUGAGCGGCUGACCUUUGUUGCCACGGCAGCCGUUACUGGUUUGCUGUCUGGGCGCACACCUAAUGGGUUGAACCUGGUCAACGCCCCAGCACUGGCGCGCGACAUGGGUGUCACAGUGACAUCCGAGAAGGCCUCUGCUGGCAGCCAGGGAGAUGACACCACAGUCACUGUCAAAAUCCAGCAGGCCAGCGGGGAGGUGCAUGCCGUCACUGGUACGGUCCGUGCUGACAACCGGCCCCUCUUGCUCUCUGUCGACGGCUGCGUCUUCGACGGUGGCAUUGCCCUCGGUGGGGGCGCACCUCUGCGCCUGUUCCGUGCCGCCUCUGCCACCUCAGCACUUGGAGCUGUGUUGGGGGCACUGGCUUCUGCCUCUGCUUCCAUUACCGGUGUGUCCGUAGCCGCCCCUGUUGUGGAGCCGGCCAAAGGCCAACCCACCGACUCUCACGCCUGGAUCGCUGUACGCACCACGCAGCGCGUCGAGACCCGUGUUAAUAUCCCGGGUGUCGUCGACGUCUGAAGAUUCACUUGUGCUGCUUUGCCCAGUUUGUGAAGCUACUGUGCCCAGCAGAACUUGACUUGUGUCUUCAGCAUUCGUCUCACUUGUUGAAGUGUGUUUUGUAACCUUCUGGUGCUCUGAAACUGUAGUAACUGGUAAGGAAUGAAAUUUCGAAAUGAACUGCCAUCAGUCAGCUCUUAGCUGAUUAUCCAUUGUUGCCCAGUUACUUUUUUUUUAAGUCAACCUGUUCCUACUAACCACCACACCAGUGGGGCAGAAAUGUCAAAAGGACUGUCACUUAUUAGCCAAUGACCCCAGUAUCCUUUGCAGGUGGCGCUAAUACCUCUCAUUUGCUAGGUGGGUGUAUCUCCAGAUAGGAUGUGAUGUGUUGAAAUUACUCCACACACCCAAACAGUCCACAUUACACAUCAUCCCCUUCCCUCCCUCAGCUCUCCCCAUGACUCCUAUUGGUCAAAUGUCAUCAAGACUGUCAACAAUUGUCCUAAUAACAGAAUACUGUGGAUUAUGUACUAUUAUAGCUCACUUUCUAUUAUUUUUGUGUGUAACUCCUGUCCCAGCCCAUCCUAAUUUUAAGUGUGAUACAGGUGUUUUACCCCAGCAGGGUAUUUUUCCCACAUAAUAAACCAUAUUUCUACCACAUUUAGUUGAAGUUGCUGGUGAUGUUCCAGCUUUGUGCCACCACAUAUGCUAGGAGUAUAUUACUACCAUGACAGUUUUCGCCUUAGUCGUGUGUCUCUCACAUAUUGUAAUAUCUCCAGGCAUUCCAGAAGCAUGCUGAGCACCCACUUUAUAUAUAUAAUUUCGUUUUGAAGUAUUCAUUGAGACUAGGCACCAAUGUUUACCUCUCCUUGUAGUAAAACAAUGAGCAAGUUUCCGUAAAAACUUGUUACCCUCUGUUUUUCACCAAAUGUGAUAGUAUAACAUGCAUCUAGCUGAUUGGCCAAAACUUUUCAUUCUUACCCUUCUUACGGACAAGCCUUAAUGUUUCAGACAACUAUUUAAAAGAAAAAGUGAACAAUACAUUAAUUUAUUUUACUAAUUACAGAUUGCAUCAAUAAUGCUUGGUAAAAAGGAAAAAAAAAUCAUAUAAAUACUGGUGCAUUCCAACUAAUUUCAAAUGAAAUGUUCUCACAGUAUUAGAAAUAAGACUUCCUACCAUAUUGUGCCGUAAUUUAAUUUGCAGUGAAACCUGAUUCAUGAAAUUAGCUUUAUGAAAACUUGAAGUUUUUUGCUUCUACUUCAAUUUUUCUGUGAGCUCUAACAUAUAUUUUCAUAAUGUAUUUUUAAUAUUUUGAUCUGCAAAUUUUUGUUUAAGAGAAAGCGUUUGACUGAUACAAUGAUUUUUGUGGUGUGUUGUAAUCAAUGGCUGUGAUAUUCAUGUACUGUGAAGGUAAAAACUUUGCUUGAACAAUAACAUUUUGUGGAUCUAAUUUCAUCAUGAAAUUUAAAAAAAUAAUUUAAUACAGAAAAAGUUAUAAGAUUGGAAAAUAUGAACUGAUAACGCCAAAGAAGCGUA